UUGCGCGAGUUCGUCCGAUUCCUGGACCGCAAAGGCGAGUUGCGCCGAGUCAAAUCGCCGGUCAGUAGCGAGUUGGAAAUCACCGAGAUUGCCAGCCGCGUCAUUGCUGAAGGCGGACCUGCCCUCUUGUUCGAGAAUGUAGACGGCGGUGACACCCCUGUACUCAUCAACAUUUUCGGCACCCAUCAACGGGUUGCAUGGGCACUGGGCGUCGAUCAUAUCGAUGAACUCACGAACCGCGUUCGAAAGCUGCUUGGACUCACACAGGGUCCACCUGCCGGCAUCGUCAACAAGCUCCGAGCGGUCGGCGAUCUUGCGGGGCUUGCGCGCAGCCAGCCCAAAAUUGUCAAGAACGCUCCCUGUCAGGAAGUCGUGCUGACGGGCGAAGACGCCGAUGUGAACCGCUUUCCAAUUCUGAAAUGCUGGCCGCUCGACGGCGGGCGCUACAUCACUUUGCCGCUGGUCAUCUCGCGCGACCCAACUUCGGGACGGCGCAACGUCGGCACAUACCGCAUGCAGGUGUACGAUGGCAAGACGAUGGGCAUGCACUGGCAGUCCCACAAGGUCGGCGCGCGCCACUACCGCGAUGGCGAAGAAAGAAGGCUUGAACGCCUCGAUGUCGCCGUUGCGCUCGGAGGCGAUCCCACCACUAUAUGGACAGGCUCCAUGCCGCUCCCUCCCGACAUGGACGAGAUUGCAGUUUCGGGCGUCAUCAGAGGCAAAGCCGUGGAGAUGGUCAAGUGCAAGACCAUCGACCUUGAAGUGCCUGCGCAUUCCGAGAUCGUGCUGGAAGGGUACGUCGAUCCCGGGCGAGCUGCGCCCGGAAGGGCCCUUUGGCGACCAUACCGGCUACUAUUCGCUCGCUGA